CCGUAUAUAAAUUUAGAAGUUGAACUCCACGAUGGGUCUCCUCGCUUUCCUUCAAUUUUCACUCAAAUAUUUCUUAGAUGUUCUGGCUUGGCCUCUACUUGCCUUAGUUUUUCCUCUCAGAUGUGCUUCUGUUAGGGCAAUUGAGAUCAAUUCCUUUCCAGAAACACAAAAGUUGAAUGCUUAUUGGGUCAUCCUCUCUUUGAUUUUCUUCCUUGAGCAUGCUUUAGGAAGGCUCCUCGAAUGGUUUCCGUUUUGGGCAUACAUAAAGCUAAUGGUUGUUUGCUGCCUAGUGAUACCUAACUUUGAUGGUGCUUUUUAUGUCUAUAAACACCUUGUUUGGCCAUGCAUCUUCAUCAAACCCCGAGAUCUCAUCAACGGGUUCAACAAAAGAAAAGAGUCGCCGGUCGUGAGCGAAAAGAUUCUAGCUGAGAUGGAGACGUAUGUAAGAGAGAACGGACUCGAAGCUCUGGAGAAACUAAUUUCUCCCGAGUCAAACUCCAGCAGUUCUAAUGUUGCAGAAAGAGAAAUAAAAGCUGUGAAGGUCAUAAAGAAGAAGGAAGUUGCUUCAGUUAAGCAAGUAAGCCAAACCGAGUCUGAUCUCAUACAUUCUGAGAACAUAAAUUUUGCACCCGUAGAGACCACUACUUCAAGUGAAGUCCAGGAGUGGAACUGCGCUAUAUGUAAUGUCACAACUCAAAGUGAGAGAAACAAGAUUUCCCACCUUAAGGCGAAGAAACACAAGGCUGCAUACCAGGCACUGAAAGUAAACGGCGUGAAAUCUUUGCUCGAGAUUGUCCCAGCUCCGAUUCCGAAGAAAUCAAGACAGCCGGUGAAGGAUCCGGGAAAUAGUGACGUAGUAAAACAGAGGAGAACAGCAAGUGAUCAGCUCAAGACUGAAGAAAGCAAAGAGGAGGCAGAAAAGAGCGGUUCCAAGCGGCGCAGACGUCGUAGUGGAAAGAAAAACAAAGCAAGCGUGGAACAAAUGUAGAAAUGGAAGGUCUAGAAAAUGAGAACCUAAAUAAAGAAACUGAAAGUUAACGUGGAAUCCCAUAUCAUAUGAGCAGAAUGCACUUGGCUCAAGUAGUCAAAGUUCUGUUAUCAGCUAGAGUUAUAGGUGCAAGUCUUGGACUGGUAAUAUUUAAGAUGGAUGCUGUAUAUUACUUAUUUGGGAGUAUUUUUGCCUUUUCUAUGAACAUUUAAUCUCUUUUUUCUUAACUACCUCUGAACCUUUGUUUUUAUUCUAUG